UACUCAGAUAGUUGGAUGAUUCUUUGUCUUUUGUUUCAGAUACGGUCUCCAUCGGGUUAUAACUUUUUACGACAGCAAAACUUAUUACCAUUACCAUGUACUGAAACUAUUCGAACACAUUUAUUGGCUGUCAAGCAUGAGUGUGGAUUUGACAUAGGAUUUUUUAAGUUGUUGAAAAUAAAAUUUGAAGAAAAAAGUGAAGAGCAAAAAAAAGGAGUUCUCCUUUUAGAUGAAACUUUCUUGAGGACAAGUCUUAGUGUUACAACUUGUACAUUAUCCUACAGUGGUCAGGAAGAUUUUGGAGGGGAAAUUGAAAGUAAAGUUGGAAGUCCAGAACUAGCUGAUCAUGGCCUUGUUUUUAUGUGCCAGAGUCUAGCAGAUAAUAUUACUCAACCUAUAGCCAUUUUUGCCUCUAAAGGUCCAGUGAAAGGAAUUGAUUUAGUACAGUUAGUGAUCAAAGCCAUACUUUUGUUGGAAGAUGCAGGUUUACAAGUCAUGGCACUAACUUGUGACAGUGAAUCCACUAAUACAGCGGUUCUCAACCGGGGGUCCGCGAGUACGUAUUAG